CUGAGGCUGUCCAGACGUAGCUCCGUGCCAGAACAAAUCUUUGGCGGCCAGCCCCCAAGCAACAAACGAAGGGGAACAGCAGACAGACUCCACAGAUCGAACGACACUUCUUCCACGAUGGCGAAGGAACCCAAGGAGCCGCCGCCACCAGCAGCAGCUGCGCAGCCAAAACCAAAAUAUGAGCUGCGUCCGGUGGAGAAGGUGAAGGAUCCGAUCAUCUCACAGAUCGGUGACUUUCGUCGCUACCAGCUCUUCUUUUUCUUAAUCGUCGUGCUAUGCAAAUUCGGCACUGGGUGGCACACCCUCGCCCACAUAUUCCUGGCCGCCCCCACGCCCCUCAAGUGCCUCACGCCCAAUGUGACGGACGCGUGCAGCAAGGACUGCAAGCAGACAGAGUUCAACACGACAGUCUUCAAGACGACCAUUAUCACGCAGUGGGAUCUCAUCUGUGACAGGCAAUCGCUGGCCAGCCUCUCCCAGUCCAUCGUCAUGCUGGGCAUCAUGGUCGGUGGCAUGUCCUUUGGCAUGAUUGCAGAUCGAUGGGGCAGACGUCCGGCGUUUCUUUUGUGCUGCUUUAUGCAGCUGUUCACCGGAUUAAUUGUCUGCGCUUCGCCGUUCUUUUGGUUCUACUGCUUGUUCCGGUUUCUGGUGGCCGUCGCCACCGGCGGCACCAUGACUGUCAGCUUUGUGCUGCUCAUGGAGAUAAUUGGACCCAAGAAGCGGGAGCUCAUUGGCAUCCUCUACCAGAUUCCGUUCAACAUUGGCCACGCCUCGCUCUCGCUGUUCGCCUUCUACAUCCGGGAAUGGCGCUGGUUCCAGUUCAGCGUGACGAUCUUCUCGGUGGUCUUUGUGAUCUACAUCUGGCUGGUGCCGGAGUCACCGCGCUGGCUCUUCACCACGGGUCGCGUGGACAAGAGCGUCAAGGUGCUGGAGCGUAUUGCCCGGCACAAUCGAGCUCCCACCGACACCAUCAGGCCGGAAAUAGAGGCCGCCCACCAGGUGCUGGCCAGUCGCCAGCCAACGAAGAAGGGCAACGUAAUCGAUCUCUUCCGCACCCCGUACAUGCGACUGAAGACCAUUUGCAUGGCCAACGACUGGCUGGUCGUCUGCAUGGUGUACUACGGCACGGCCCAGUACAUUGCCAAGCUGGGCGGAGACAUCUUCCUCAACGUGCUGAUCGCCGCUCUGCUGGGCAUACCCGGCACCCUGCUCUGCGUUGUGCUGACCAAGUACUUGGGCCGCAAGAUGACCAUGAUGCUGUCCAACGGACUGAGUGCCUGCGGGCUGCUGCUGCUCGUCUUCCUGCACAAGUCCAAGCAGAUUGUGCAGGUUAUGUGCGCCACUUUGGGCCUGUUUGGGGCAUCCAUUACCUUCCCGAAUGUCUACCUGUAUGGCGCUGAGCUCUUCCCCACUGUGGUGCGAUCGAACGGCAUGGGCCUGUGCUCGAUGGUGGGCCGCAUUGGCGGCCUCGUGGCACCCAUGAUCUGCGAGUUGGAUGUCUAUGGCGCUUGGAUUACGCCGCUCGUCUUUGGUGUCUUCUCCGUGCUGGCCAUGCUGGGCACAAUCUUCUUGCCGGAGACGCGUGGCACGCCGCUGCCGGAGACACUGGAGGAUGGCGAAUCCUUUGGCCGCAAGUCGCCCAAGGAACAGUCCUAGUUCCCUGCCAUUCUCUCAGUGCAAACAAACGAACAAAUCUCAACCCCAAAUAUCCGUCUGGACUAACUUGCGCCAUUAACCGCGCUCAAAAAUUAAUAAAUUUCAUUUGAAUUAAAGAUUUGUGCAGUUUGA